AUAUAAGACGCCUGGCCUGCCCGGCCCCAACACCAUCGCCAUCACCAUCUUGUCAAUCCCAACUCCAACACCAACAUCAACAGCUAACUACUGCUGCUGCUGCUGCCAUUGCCAUUUCCAUUGCCACUACUACCACCUCCACCACUCCUUUGGACCAUUAUAACAUUGGACUAUUCUUCCGUCCAUUCGACUGGAAAUCUCAUCGCCUUACAUCCGUCUUCCUGCUCAGAUAUUUCAUCAAACCAUGCCUCUCUCACACACUCUCCGUGGCAUACAAGCCCCCGUCUUUCCUCUCAUGCCAGGACAACAGGGUUCCUCACAGCCCUCGGCCAUGCCUGCCGGUAUUAUUAUGUUAGGGCCCAAGGUCCCCGGCACAAGAUGCCCAACCUGUGCCCUAGCCGGCAAGGAAGUUUGGGUCAUCCCGGGCAGGUGCUGCGGUUAUUGCGGUACUCCUUGUGACUCUGAUCAUUAUCAUGAAUAGCUUUUUGAUUCUGCUCCUACGAAACCUGCUAUUGAAAUGGCAGUAUAACACCAAGGUUUCCGCGUCAAACUCUCUAAUACUUGGCCAUUUUUCUCGAAUCUCCUUUAUAC